UCGAAUUUCAAUUCAACCAACAGUUUUGUUGUUGUUUGGCUUUGAAUUGAAGAAAAAAUUUGACUGUUCUACAGACAGAAUCAAAAAGGGAAAAAUGUAACUCAGAAAGCUUCUCUUUUUGUCUCUCUCUUUCCCAUUCUUUUCUUCAGUUGCUCAUCAACAACUACGACCCACAAACUACAAAAGAAUUCAGAAUCAAAUGGCAGAAAUAGGGUAGAAAGAAAUUAUAAAAGGUAACCCAAUUCCGUUACGAUUUCUCAAGAAUCCCCAUUAGGCCGCCACCAUUUUGUUCUUUCUUUUCUCUUUCAUUGGCCUCUCACAGCUCAUAGAUUCUCACCCACGUUUGGUUAAAACAAGGAAAGGAUCGUUAAGAAUCUGGAGACCCCAUACAAACUUUUUUGUUAGGUUUUUCUCGAUUCACCCAAUAACCCAUUUCACUGGUUUAAUCUUUGGUGAAUUAGAGUUUUUCAUCAUGCAUGUUUGAUGGGGUUUUUAGUUUCCUCCAUUGUUAUCACUGUUCAUGAUAAACUACCCAAAUUCAGAAGUUAUCAGUAGUUAGAAUUGGACAAUUCUGGCACAAAGAUCGAGAAUUAAAGUUACGAAACCUUCAGAAGAACAGGACAGGUCUUCUUGUAAACCCCACAUCCCAUUUCAGCUUCUCGAGGUUUUUCAAUUUCUGGGUUGUUUGUAAAGGAUUGCGAAUGUCAUGUCCAAGCAAUAGCUUCCGCUACAAUGGCAGCCUCUGUGCAUGCCCACCAGGCCAGCUUCUUAAUCGAACCAACAACAGUUGUGUUCUCUUCAGCCGCACUUCCGCCAUUACUACAGGGCGGCUCCAGACCUAUGCUGUUAGUUUCCCUGAGACCAUAUUCUCCUUUGAUUCCAUCAGGAAGAUCACACAGUCUCAGGCUGUGUUUCUGGAGGCCACUCUCGUCAUGCUGCUUUCUUGGCUUUUCUUCUGCAUAUUCCUUAGAUUUAUGAAGCUUGGGGAUGGCAGAAAUAUCUGGUUCAGGAUGAGAUGGUGGGUUAGCAGAUUGGAUGUUUGCUUUGCUUCAAGACAUUGGCUGGAUGACCAAAAGGUAGUCAGGAAACGUAAAACUGAACUUGGUGGAACAUUCUCAAUAGCAAGUUGGAUACUUUUCAUUGGCCUGUUUGCUGCGUUGCUUUACCAAAUCAUAUCUAAGAGAAGCAUUGAAGUGCAUAAUGUGAAAGCAGCAAAUGCACCAGACUUGAUUUCCUUUGUGAAUGACAUUGAAUUUAAUAUAACCACAGUCUCUACUAUGAGUUGUGCAAAUAUUCGUGGUCUUGAUACUAUCGUGUUUGGAAAUCCUGGUUUUCUGGAACAGAAAGUAAUGUCUCUGUCAAAUUUUGCAAACUUCUCCUGUCAAAACAGGAGUGAAGGGCCAACUAUAAGUGUGAAGUGUGAAAGAUGCCGUUUCAUUCAGGAUGAUAUUUAUAUCUCAUGGCAGUUUGUUGAUCUUCCAAAUAAUCCUGCAAGUGCUGUUGGAUUUGAGUUUAACAUAUCUGCUAAGGAUCAUGUUCAAAAGAAUCAGGAAAGUUUUGUUAGUGGAACAUUGAAAAAUCGAAGCAAUUUUGAUGAUACACCAGUUACAUUCAGAGGGAAGAAUGCAAAUAUAGUGCAGUUUAACCUAUUUCCAAGAAUAUACAGUAAUAAACAGGAUUCCAAGCUCAUGCAGCCUUUAUUUCAUGAGUUUGUUUCAGGUUCAUCAUUUCAAAAUACCAAUGAGCUCCAAUUAUCCCUUGAAAAUCCAAAUGAUGGACUACUCAACAUCACCUUGUACAUCAAUCUUCUCUCUUCGUACAUCGUUGAGGUACAGAGUCAAAAUAUUUUGGGCCCUGUUAGCUUCCUUGCAGAUCUUGGUGGCCUAUAUUGCAUUAGUGUUGGCAUUUUCUUCUACCUUCUGGUGCAGUUCGAGUACAGAAUCAAAAAGCUCCGCAAUGAAGACAGUGUUAUGCGUAAAAUUAGAAAUCGAAGAAAAGCUCAAGAACAUUGGAAUAAGUUGAGGAAAUAUGUAAUGUAUACAUGGGGUUGCAGCGCACUGGAUGAUGUUUAUAAUGAUCCAUCAAAAACAUCAAGUUGCCCCAACUGCAUUGGUCAAUCAAGUCAUAAGAAUGGAUCAUCGCGCAAGCGAAGGUUGAGUGGAAGUAGUACUGCUAUCAGUUUUAACGUAGAUGUGAACGGAUCUACCAAGAAGACUGCUAAUCAAGAUAUGAAAUCUCCGAAGGCAACAGCUGCUGACCAGGAAAUGAGAAUGAUAGCAACCAAACAAGAGCUACCUCUGCACCAUCAAGUACUUGGUUCUACCUAUGAGAAGCAACAAACCAUUCCAUUCAAGGGAGAUUCUUCACAACCUUUAGAUUUUUCUCAUCCUGAAGAUAUUAUUCCGCCACCACCCUCAAUAGACUUUAAAGAUAGUUCUGAUAUUGACAUGUCUGAUAUCAUGAAGAAUAUGAAAAGUUUGUAUGAGUAUAACGUAUUUCUUAGAGAAAAGCUAUUGUCAACUCAAUCCGAAGUUCGUGCUUUAGCAACCAAGUCUGCACUGUAAACAAAGCGCUAAACAUAGAGCACAUGUAUAUCCAGUAAGCAAACGAACUUUGCAACCAAGAUGGUUUUCUGAGAGAGUUGAAUCACAAACAAUAUCUUGAGAGGUUAGUCCAUACGUGGUGAGGGAGAGCCAUAAUUGACUCCCAAAACAAAACAAUGGAAUCAUAUUUUGUUGACAUAUUUGUUAUCUCUUCAUCCAUUCUGUUAUCUUAUAGUGUUUGAUAGUAUAUCCCUAGUAUGUAGGAUUUACUGCUACCACUUUGUGGUGUAGUAUUCUUGUUUAUGUAGUUCGUUCUUUGCAGGCACUCAGAUAACCGAGAGAGAUCUUGCCGAUGUACUUUACUCUGUUGUAAUAUUGUUGAUAUUGGUUUGUACCAUGAGUAGAACAUGUACUGAUGAAAGAAAAUCUGUUUCUGCAUCUGGUGUUGUAUUCUGCUCAAUAUUACAUCUUGCAUUAUUGAGGACUUCAAUUGCUUCCUA